UUGUUAAACACCCCGCCAGACGCAUUGCCGGUCGCUUCCUUUCCUACCGGCAUUUUCUUGCGAAGGUCUGAUCUAAAAUUUCGUAUCCAAACUCUCACCAUUUUCGCCCCCCCACCGUUCAUCGGCAUUCUUAAAACCUCUUCUCCUCUCCCCCCACUACUACUUUACCGAUUUCUCCCUCCCUCUUCCUCUCCCCCGCUAGGAACCCCACCCGACACCGACUCGACACCCUCCAGUAUUCGCCAUGUCGUCCCUCAUUGAAGUCGACUCAGAGCUUCACCUGCACUCCAUCGCCCAGUCUCUUCCUCGCUCCGCCCUGCUCGUCCUCUACUUCCACGCACCAUGGGCCGCUCCCUGCGCGCAAAUGCGCGCCGUCCUCUCCGCCCUCGCCUCCCAGUAUCCGGCCACCUCCCCGCCCUCGAUCGCCUUCGUCAGCGUCAACGCCGAAGAACUCCCUGAUAUCUCGGAAGAAUACGACGUCACCGCCGUCCCUUUCGUCGUGCUCAGCCGUAACGCCACUGUCCUCGAAUCCAUCUCCGGCAGCGAAGCCGCCAAGGUACGCGACGCCGUCGAACGCCACGCCGGGUCCGCUGCUGCCGCCGGCGGUGCCUCUCAGGGCGCCGCCGCCGCUACCAUCCCUCCGCCGCUGUCCGCCGUGCCGCGAGAGAACGGCCCCGCGACGGCGACUCAGCCGCCUGUCAACGCGAACGCCGCGGCCGCGGCCCCCGCGCUGACCCCCGAACAGUCCAAGGAGGCGCUGUUCGCUCGCCUCGCGGAGCUGGUUAAGGCCGCGCCGGUCAUGCUUUUCAUGAAGGGGACGCCCAGUGCGCCGCAGUGCGGGUUCAGUCGGCAGCUGGUGGGUAUCCUGCGGGAGCGCAGCGUCAAGUACGGAUUCUUCAAUAUUCUGGCGGACGAGGAUGUGCGUCAGGGCUUGAAGGAGUUCGCGGAGUGGCCGACUUUCCCUCAGUUGUGGGUUAGUGGGGAGUUGGUCGGUGGAUUGGAUAUUGUACGUCUUUUUUUCUUUUGUUUCCCCCUCCCUUGUUCCUCGUGUAUUGCAUUGACGCUAACUAUUCAUCUUUCAUGUCCAGGUCAAGGAAGAACUGGAAAAUGA